UCGACGCGUCACUCUGCUCUGACUGUAGUCGCUGCCCAUGACUACCCUUCUUAUCUCUCAGCAUUCAUCCAAUCCUCUCGAGGCUGUCUCGUCUGACCCUAGAAACGUGCGUUAUCGGCGGGUCCUCCGCGAAGCUCGAGCGCGGCAAGUUGCAGCGGAGGAAGACCCUUCGCCGUCGUCCGAAGACCAGAUCUCUGGAUACGCGCCGAAGGAUGACAUGCAUGCAUACUGGGGACAUCUUGCUCAAGUGACACCAGUUAUAUCAAAAGUGAAGCAGAGAUACGGUCGGAAGGCCGCCGAAGUAACGAUGAACUUGAAUAACAACAUAGUGGAUUUGGACGACGACAUGGACAGCGACGAUCCACUAGUGCUGAAGGAUGAACCGAUGGGAUUUGAUGACGAAGAAGAUCAUGACGCAGAGGAGGUGUCAGUCGAUGAGGAGAGCGAUGAUGAGCAGGAAGAACAGGAGAAUGACGGCCGGGAUUCACACAUCGAAGACUCUGACGAGGAAUUCACCAUACUUUCGAAGAGCGAGGAGGACAGACAAAUGAUUCUUGACGAAAUCAGGGAUCUGGAAGCGGCCGUUCCCGAGCUUGAAGAGAGCUACAGACUAGUGGAUCGACUGGGCACUGGGACCUUUUCCUCAGUAUACAAGGCUGUGGACCUCUUCUACGACAAAUGGGACAAUCGCCCUUGGCAGUGUCCUCAUCCACCGGGAUCGUCCGCCCAUCCUCAGUCGGUUGCCCGCGAACCAGGAAGCAAAAUCUUCGUUGCUAUCAAGAGAAUAUACGUGACAAGCAGCCCGGAACGAAUCAAGAACGAAAUCUCGGUUCUCGAGGAUUGUAGAGGGUGCAGACAUGUGUCUCAGCUCAUAACAGCCUUUCGAGAGAAGGAUCAGGUUGUAGCUAUUAUGCCAUACCAGAGGAACGACGACUUCAGAGACUUUUUUUGUUCUCUUACCAUAGAAGGCAUUAAGGCCUACUUUCGUUGUUUGAUGCGCGCAUUACGAGACAUACAUUCUCGGCAGAUUAUACAUCGAGAUGUGAAGCCUGCAAACUUUCUCUUCGACUCGCGGACGGGAAUGGGCACCCUUUGUGAUUUUGGUCUAGCAUCCCGGAUGAAUACGACUGUGCCUGGCCCAUGUCUGCAUUUGCCAGCUUCACCCUCCCACCCUCAUGGCCGUUUGCGAGCACGGAACGAAUAUGAUUCAGAACACAUCAAAAAAAUGCAGCGUGAGGCCAGAGCGAAGAACCAUUGGCCUUCAGACCGAGUGGGAUAUCCUCAAAACGAUACCCGGCCUAAUUCGAAAGCCAACAGAGCGGGCACCCGGGGUUUUAGAGCUCCCGAAGUGUUACUGAAGUGCGGAAAUCAAUCAGGCGCAAUUGACGUCUGGUCCGCCGGAUCGAUACUUCUCUUCGUCCUCACAAAGAAGUUUCCGCUAUUUCAGUCAAAUGAUGACGUCGAGGCCCUCAUGGAAAUUGCUGCAAUAAUCGGCUCGAAACACAUGGAAAAGGUUGCGACAUUGCACAAUCGAACAUUUUCUACGAACGUCCCUUCUGUGACGGCCACUGGCAUGACAUGGCGCGAAUUCUGCGAGAAACAGAAUCCUGAAAUUUAUACACCACCUUCGCCUAAGCCUGAUUUUUACCCGCAUGCGGACACACCAACAUCGGAAGAAGAGCAUCAUCAGGACCUUGAUAAUGCGUUUGACCUUCUCGAAAAAUUACUACACCCCGAAGCAGUCCAUCGAAUAACGCCGCGUGAUGCAUUAUACCAUCCCUUCCUGGCCCAAAGCGUAGGUGAUGAUGAGUUCUUUCCUCACCCUUUUGGUAAGGGAGUCUGUGCACAUCUUCAUAGGAUAGAUGAUGUGACGGAGCAACCUAGUGUACUGAUCGAGACCGAGAAGGGACAGACCAUGAAGCUACUUGAAAACGGGCAGGGCUUAGCCAUUGGAAACCAGCCCUGCGAGUUUCAUCAAGACUUCGUGUUUCUGUAGCUUGUAUGUUUGUUGUACUUAUAUUUGCGGACGAUCAUUAUUGCUUCUAAUACUUAUUAUGCUCUUGAUAACGACAUCGACU